ACUCUACUUACAUAAACAUAUGCAGUGAAAGUUUGUAUACAAGAACUGAUGUCGUUUUUGUGUAUUAGAACAGUACCCAGUGUAUUCUCUAACGAUAACUACUUUUAGUUUUCUAGUUGGACAUUUCAAUUAUUUUAUACGAGACGUCAACGAAAGAACAUGCAACGUACUGAAACUUGUAAUGAUUUCGAUGCCCAAAAAUUUGUAGACAACUUAUUAGAAAAUGGGUCCAAAAUUGGAUGUAACACCAGUCUCUGUGAAAAAUGUGAUUUACCGCCUUUCUACGACGACCAAGUUUUCAAAAAGGGACAGCAGUUUUUCUACAAACAUAUAUUUGCCAUGUUUUUUGCUAAAUUCAAUGGUCUUCUAGCGAUUCUAGCAGCGCCUUCCGUAUUAAAAAUCUUAAUGUUUACUGGAAAAUCAAGUACUGAUUUCACCGCAUAUAUACGAUAUGUAUCUACAGUUUUUCACAUGAUUAUUUGGUAUGAGGAAGAAUUCAAACCUGGAUCUAGAGUAUGGAAAUCUCUACGUCAAGUUAAUUCAAAACACAAUUCAGCCAGCAGACAAAGUUGUAGGAGUAGCUUCAACAAAAUCACCCAAAUGGAUAUGGCAUUGACUCAGUUCGGAUUCAUGGGAUUUCAAGUAGCUAGACCUAAUUUGAUUGGUAUUCAUAAUGCGACCGAUGAGGAAUUCAAAGCUUUCAUUCAUUUUUGGAAGGUCGUUGGUUACUUAAUGGGAAUUGAAGAUAGAUUCAAUAUCUGCCGUGAUUCUGUAAAAGAAUCUAGAGAGAUCUGCAACAUUUUGAUCAACCAAAUAUUUCACCCGCAAAUCGUCAAGAAAGAUGAGAAAUUCUUGAAAAUGGCCAGGCAUCUGAUACGAGGAAUGUGGUCGAUGCAUCCAAUUUUGUCGUUCAAAACUAUGAUGAAUUACCUACAUUUCUUGGUUAAACCAUCGCAUUGUUCUUUAACAAAUAACAACGACGUUAAUAUUGAUAAGAACGAAUAUUUUCAAUUAAAUUUUGCUAAUAAUAUAAGACUAAUAAUUAUUAAUUAUUCAAUAAGAGUUUUAUUGAAGUAUCACAUUUUUAGAAUAAUUUUCAAUUGGUUGGAACAUUUGUGUCUUUGGUUUAUGAAAGUGUUUCCCAUAUUAGCAUAUUAUAGUUUUGGCACUAAAAAUUCUUUGGUAAAAAUAAACGUUUAAACUAAAAAA